AGGGGGUAGUGGGCGGGGCCCGCGGCUGGAGAGCGUGUGUAUAGCGGUGGUGGCGGAUCCCGCUGCGAUUCGCGCUGCGAACCCGGGCGGCGCGCAUGGCUUGGGCUCGGGGUUUGGUCGGCGCCUUGCGGAGGGCGCUGUCAAAGGAAGCGAAGCAGCACGUGGGCACGGACCGCUUUGGGAACAACUACUACUCUGUCCCGGAAUACAAGAAUUGGAGAGGACAAACUAUUCGAGAGAAAAGAAUUGUAGAAGCAGCAAAUAAAAAAGAAGUUGACUAUGAAGUCGGAGAUAUUCCAUCAGAAUGGGAAGCUUGGAUUAGAAAAACAAGAAAGACUCCACCUACUAUGGAGGAAAUACUAAAGAAUGAAAAAAAAAGAGAAGAUAUUAAAAUUAAAAGUCAACAUCUUUAUGAAGAAGAAAAACUCCUUAGCAAAGGGAGCAAGGAAGAACUCUUGGCUCAACCAGUUCAAACUCAGAUCAAAGGGCAUGCCUCGGCUCCAUACUUUGGAAAGGAAGAACCUUCCGUGGCUCCCACCAGCACUGGUAAAAUCUUUCAACCGGGAUCCUGGAUGCCACAAGGCAGCAAGAACCCAAAUCAAUGAAUGCGCUGUGGUAGUAUUUCAUUUGUGUAACUUUUUUUAACAAUAAAAGAAGUAAAAAUUA